CGUGAACGGCCAUACCGCAUCGAAUCGGAAAAAAAUACGUUCCCGUCCACGUUUCAUCCGACAGGAUCAACGAUGUGAGCACUGUGACGACGAUGUCGAGUAGCGGCGACGCGACGCGUCGCGUCGCGUCGUCCGCGGCACGAGGCAUCGGGAGCAGGCGUCGCGACGCCUGCGCGCCGGCCGUGGUAAAUUGAGCGCCCCCGUCGUCGGUGGUUGCACGACGUCUGAAAUAUCGUUGUUCAGUUGCGCUCGAGGUGGCUCACCUCGACGGUCACCGGGGUGAUAAGCGUUUCCGGCGUCGCGAUAAACACGGUGUGUCGCGGACAUCAUGCCACGGCCGCACGUGGCGCGGCGUCGUCGGCCCUGGCUCCGCGGUUGAGAUGCGCGAACGGGAACGACGGAACGGGGACAAGACCGACGAAACGAUGGGGGUGGACUCGCUGGCGUUCUGGCACCGUGCACGGUAACGCCGGCCCGAUCGGCUUUGCCGGUGGGAACGCGCCGAUGGGGGAGGCCGCUAUGGGGUUUCCGAAUCUAGCGAACCACGCCAGCGGAAGCAGCGGUGCGAUUUCACCGAGUCAUCGUUGAGACUGGCCGUCACUGCCGCCGGAGACUCUUAUUGUUGUUAGUGCUGUGAAAUCAAGAGGGACGCUGUACCGUUCAACGAUAGACACCGGUGUGGACUGUACACCGGGGCUGCUCGGGAGAGCUGACGAAACUCCGUGAGGAAGUUUAGUUGUCGGUGAUCAUCGGGAACACAGUGCGCAAACAGUCGAGAAAAUGGUCCGCCGUCCGAGGUUACGUCUCCCAGUCUGGUCCCUCGGUGCAGCCUCUUAGCCUCGGAUAUAACUUCGCAGAUAAAGAAACUCUAUACACCUUCAAUUCCGACCGAAACCGUAACUCGAUCAACACCAUCGGGCACGAUGAUUACGUCUCGCCGACGACCGUGUCCAUCCGGAACGCGUUGAGGCUCCACUGUGUCAGCAACGCGACGAACGGAUGCCGACACGUGACCGCGAGAGAUAGCGGAUGUUAAUCGUCCGAGCGUCUUCCGUUUGCCUGCGGAAAAAGAAAAAGGAAAGAACCGAGGGUCUCGGUUGGCCCAGCAGUAGUGUUCGACCGGUCCAGUGGUAGAUCGUUCGCGAGCCAGUGAGCAAGUGACAAGUGUUGAGAAUUCGACGACGAACGACCCUUCGGAACGUUAUUCUGCGAAACUUGUUCGUUGGGAUAUGCGCUGUCGUUGGGCGGCGGCGUUGCCGUUCCAUCCGCUCGUGAACAAUAGUAGCUAACGCCUGGCCUCGGAAGAGGAUGGGGAGGACUCGUGGCCGGCAGGACGAUAGCUACGGAAAUGCGCGUCUCGGUACGCGGCGACGACCCGGAGGAUGCGAACGGCGCCAGUGUCGGGCUUCGAAGGGAUAUCGGUGCAAGCUGCAGGCCCGGGCCCGGUGAUUCGAGGACGAAAAUCGGCCGAUCCCGGUUCGCCGGAGCACUCUAGGCGAUUGAAUGGGAGCUGAGAGAAGAGAUGCCUGGUAUCGUGGUAUUCCGACGCCGAUGGAGCGUCGGCAGCGACGACCUCGUCGUGCCCGGAGCUUUCCUGUUCGUCGUCCAUCUGAUAUGGGCGGUAGUGCUGGGCGUUCUGCUGGGCGUCCUCACGUGGGAUCGCAGCGUCACGUGCAUACUUCUUCUCUGGGAGUACGUCGUUGGCUACCUGGGGAUCCUCGGCGUCUCCAUGCUGGUCGAAUUCUCCAUUUGCUUCCUGUCCACCAGGGGCAGCAUACUGGACACUGCGGCGAGGGCACCGAUGCAAUACGUUCUCUACGUACGACUUUUUCUGUUGCUGGUGGAGACGGGAUGGCUGUGCGCAGGUGUGACGUGGUUAACACACUACUACCAGACCUGUCCGGUCGACCAAGUCAGAGAAGUAAUGUUAGGUUUAGUGGUAUCGAAUUGGUGCGUGCUGGCGUUCGUGAUGGUGACCGUAUGGUGCACGUACGACGCCGCGGGUAGAUCGUGGGUGAAAAUGAAGAAGUAUCAGCGCAGCAUGAGGGAGGCCGAAUCAAGAUGCGCCAAAUUGCAUUACAACCGGAGCGGCAGCAGAAAGAGAAACUGGCGGCAAAGGAAGGUGAUAAGAGCGUACCAGGACAGCUGGGACAACAGAUGCAGAGUGUUGUUCUGCUGCAUGGGCAAUUCCGACAGGAGUCGGAACUCGUUCGCGGACAUCGCGAGGCUGCUCAGCGAUUUCUUCCGCGACCUGGACGUGGUGCCGUCGGACGUCGUCGCCGGGCUCGUGUUACUCAGGAAGUUCCAGAAGAUCGAACGCGAGCUGAUCGUGAAGCAACGGAAGAACGACACGUACGAGUUUCUGUCCGGCGUGCCGGUCACGCCGCGCACCAAAUUCUUGUCCUUGACCGAGGACGGUGAUCUGGGACACUUCCAGUCCGCCAUUCACUACAUGCACUUCGCCCUCGCUGCUUAUGGCUGGCCCAUGUUCCUCGUUAAUCAGUCCUCCGGCCUCUGUCAGUUGUGCACAAGAUUACGAUGCGGCUGUUUCCCGUGCGGCCGCCACCAGGAUGACGCGACCGUCGUGGAGGACAAUUGUUGCCAGUGCAAUUACGCCGCGCUCAGAAAGAUGGUCGACGUCGCCGAGGUGGAGGUCGUUUACGCGACAUUUCACGUCGACGUGGGCGAGACGCCGUUCUACGUCGCGCUCGAUUACACCAGGAAAAAGGUUGUCGUCAGCAUACGAGGCACCCUCAGCAUGAAGGACGUGCUAACCGAUCUGAACGCGGAGGGUGAAGUAUUACCAUUGUCGCCGCCGAGGGAGGACUGGCUCGGUCACAAGGGGAUGGUCCAGGCCGCCGAAUAUAUCCGUAAAAAGCUGCUCGAGGAGGGCAUUAUAUCGCGCGCCCUGGCCAAGGAUCCCACGAGGGGGACCGAUCAAUUCGGUCUUGCAUUGGUCGGCCAUUCCUUAGGAGGUGGCACGGCUGCUAUCCUCGCGAUACUCCUCAAGCAGGAGUAUCCGGACCUGAUCUGCUUUUCGUUCGCUCCUCCCGGCGGUCUGUUGAGCAUGCCCGCGCAGCAAUACACGCAGGAAUUUAUUACAUCUGUGGUGGUUGGUAAGGACGUCGUGCCGAGGAUAGGGCUCCGGCAAAUGGAGAGCUUGAGGGCCGAUCUUAUCAAUGCCAUAAAAAGGAGCGUCGACCCCAAGUGGAAAACGAUAGCGUGCUCGGUGAUGUGUUGCGGUUGCGGUUCCACCCCCACCUCGGCCGCAAAUUUGGAGGCUGGCGGAUGCAUCAGCGAGUACCAGAGGGACAAGGACUUGGCCCGUUCGGAGACCGUGGUGCCGAGCGACUCGAGUAUCGCGUUGACAUUGCACAGACCCCUGUACCCGCCUGGUCGAAUCAUACACGUUGUCCGACAUCAUCCGAACAAGGGAGAGCAGAAGUAUGAGAGCCGCUGGAGACAGGUGUUGAAGAAACACGAUCCGGUGUACCAAGCACUGUGGGCUGGCCCGUGCGACUUCGACGAGGUGCUGAUCAGCCCGGUGAUGAUACAGGACCACAUGCCGGACAACAUGCUGAAGGCCCUGCUCAAGGUUGUAACGACGCUGGGUCCGGCGAAGCCGCAGAGGCUGGCUUCCGGUCACGCAUCGUCCACGGAGGCGUCGGAGGCGCGCGAGGUCGUCGAGAUCCAGGAGAUGGAGAUCGAACAGGAAAUGAGAGCGUUGCUGUCCUCGUCCAGCCCGGUGAAAUCGCAUCCGAGCAAUCUGGCCGGCACGCCACCCCACAGACUCUGCCUGGAGACUAGCUUCACGUCCCUCCAGAGCCCCUCGGAGUUCCCUCAGGCUGGCCGGGAGCUCAGCGUCGACUCAAGGGGGAUCCCGUGGGAAUACGUCAGCCUGGCCAGCGAGUUGCUCAACACGCCGAGAGCCGAGGAAUGCAAACUGUCGAACCGUCGGAGCGACUGGGAUGAUGCCUCUCGAACAGCGCCACUGGCGACGCCGGAAACCCUUUCGGAAGCAUCGAGUAACCCUCCAUCACCGGUGCCACCACCGAGGCCGAUGAGGCGCACCCCGAAAAUAUCGGGAAACUUGUCAACGGCGGCGGACGACUUGAAGAACAACCUUCACUUCGCCAUGCUCUCGGCGAAGAACUACUUCCUGAGGGAGGGGAACAACGGCAGUAACACCAGCAGCGGGAAUAGCGAGGCGAGCUACGAGAGCGCCAGGAGCUUGACCGCUGGUCUUCCGCCGCCAGUGCCGAGGAGACGGGACUCUGUCACCGUCAGAAGAGAGCAGAGAGUCUGUACAGCUGCCUGCUGCAGGGACGACUUAUCCGAAAAUUCUUCGCCCCACACCUCUUCUCAUUCUUCUGGAGCGUCACACGUCUCGGGCAGGGCACAACAAGGCUACGUCGAAGAGGAGAAUGAUACGAACGGUUCCAGUUUGGACUUUUAUGAAGCCAAGGGUUCUUCUGGACAACGCGACAGUAGCAACGACGUGUUCCUUAGCGUUCGAAGUUCUCCGGAAUGCAAAGGCCUUAUGGCACCGGCGACAGACCUAGGAGCGGAAUGGAAGAAGAAGUUCGACGCGACCGGAAUGAGCGGAGACGCUUCUUUGCCUCUGCUACGCGGCCUUUCGCCGACGCCCACGCACGGGCAACACAGUUCUCCGUUUUUCAGCGCGAAACGGAAGAAGUACGUGUAUCCGAUCACACUGGUUGGUCGAGGCGAAAGUAGCGUUUAACAUAGUAAGAUUACCGACCGACCGGGGACCAUAUGGCAAUGGCCAGGAUAGGUGUAAAGUAACUCGUUAGACAUCUGUGCCAACACCGCAGUCACGUAUGAUUGUUUCGACAUUGGUUUCCUCAAUCCCUGAGUGGGUGCAAUUGAAAUAUUCUAAAAUCAAGGGGCCACGCAUCGCAGCCUCCUUUUGCACGAACAUUCGCUGAAUGUCCGUGCACACUCGACGGAUCCGCAGUUUUAACGUUAUCCUGUAAAAUUUACUCGCUGUGAGGAAGUAGAUAGUGAAAUUUGAACGAUAUUGAAUUUUUAUAGUAGGAUACUAUUCUCUUUCUCUUUGUACAGACAAGUUAUUUCAUUGACGAGACAAAUUAUUUUUUAAGCCGAGAACAUUUUCUGCCAACAGCAAAGCAAAACACGAACACCGAGCAAAUAAUGUUAACUCUAUAUAUUACAUAUAAUGUAUAUGUAUAUAUUCUCUCUUUUUCUAUAUACAUUGUGUAUGUAUAUAGAGUUAAGUGUAAAUAGAUAUCAUACGUAGGAUCACGGAUGAUUAGUACGAAGGUUACGUACCAUAUAAAUAAUAGUUUACAUAAAUUGAAAUGCCUUGCUACCGAGAAAUUAAAUAAAUUUAUCUUAUUAAGUUUCGUUCGCGCACUGGCCUAUUCUACACCGCCGAUGUUUGUUUAAUACAAAACUUUGGGAGAACACAUUUUUGUACAGGCAAUUUAUAUAGAAUCAAGAAACAACACAAAAUAUAACUGUUUGUUAAAUCUAUUAUUUGUAAUUGUCUAGAUAUAAUUUUCUCGUAUUGUUUAACACGAACUUUGUACUUAAUGUCAAUAGAUUACUUUAGUCACAUGUUUAAAUAAUUACUUUUUUACUGAUUUUUGAGAAAAAUGGAAAAACGGGACUGAGUAUGCGUACAUGUAAGUAAAAUAUAUAUGGAAUGUAAUAUAUGCAGCCACUGGAAAAAAGCUGAUCCUGUAAGGAAGGUUGAAUGGAGAAGCAUGAUUUUUACUAGCAAUCUCUGAUAAUUGAAAAUCCAAGGUCACUGUAUUUAUGUAAAAAGUAGAUAAAAUAUUUAACUCUAUACAAUAUUUAUUGAAUUUAUUGUAAGUUAUACCUGUAGAAUAUCUUUAGGAGCAAGUGAAUUAUAGAAGAAAGGUUCAUUUAAUGUAAUAAAGUACAAUACUUUUUAAGAAAUAAAAGUGAUGAAAUCAA